UACGGCUAAUGGGGGUACAAACAAGCACCUAGAUCGCGUUCCUAUCACGGGUUUGUUCACUCCCCCUUCAUAUCUUUUAGGUUCUAUGCUUCAUAUUUGAAUCAAUUCUCUUAAAAGUAAAAAUUGGAGUCCUCAAACACACCAUCCCCAUCAUAUAAAUACAAGCAAAAUUCAUCUUUGCCUAUUCAUUAACUUACAAUUUCUAUCUAAAAACCACAACUAGAUUAGAGAAGAAAAGCUGAAAAUGAAGGCAGCUAUGUUGAGAUCUGUACUCAGGAGGAGCUGCUCCGCCACUCCUCCAUCGGCAUCCCACGUAAUGCGGCGCGGCUUCGCAUCAGACUCUGCGCCGGAGCGAAAAGUUGCCGUUUUGGGAGCUGCCGGUGGGAUCGGACAACCGUUGGCUCUGCUCAUGAAGCUCAACCCUCUCGUCUCCAAGCUCGCUCUCUAUGAUAUCGCCGGAACUCCUGGCGUCGCCGCUGACGUCAGCCACAUCAACACCAGAUCCGAGGUUGCUGGGUUCAUGGGAGAAGACCAGCUGGGGCAGGCUCUGGAGGGAUCUGACAUUGUCAUCAUUCCAGCUGGUGUACCCAGAAAGCCUGGCAUGACUCGUGAUGAUCUCUUCAACAUCAAUGCUGGAAUUGUUAAAUCUCUUUGCACUGCAAUCUCCAAGUAUUGCCCCAGUGCCCUUGUCAAUAUGAUUAGUAACCCUGUGAACUCCACUGUACCAAUUGCUGCUGAGGUCUUCAAGAGAGCAGGAACCUACAAUGAGAAGAAACUAUUUGGCGUGACCACACUUGACGUUGUUAGGGCCAAGACAUUCUAUGCUGGCAAGGCCAAAGUCAAUGUGGCAGAGGUCAAUGUACCCGUUGUUGGUGGGCAUGCUGGCAUAACCAUUCUCCCUUUGUUUUCACAGGCUACACCAAGAGCCAAUUUGUCAGAUGAGGAAAUUAAAGCUCUCACAAAACGAACUCAAGAUGGUGGGACAGAAGUUGUCGAAGCUAAGGCAGGAAAAGGUUCAGCUACGCUAUCAAUGGCUUAUGCUGGGGCUAUAUUUGCUGAUGCCUGCUUGAAGGGACUUAAUGGGGUCCCAGAUGUUGUCGAGUGCUCAUUUGUGCAGUCAACCGUCACUGAGCUACCUUUUUUCGCAUCCAAGGUGAGGCUUGGGAAGAACGGUGUUGAAGAAGUCCUAGGCUUGGGCCCACUCUCUGAUUUCGAGCAACAAGGACUAGAAGCUCUUAAACCCGAGUUGAAAUCCUCUAUUGAAAAGGGUAUCACGUUUGCCAACCAGAGUUGAAAUGGCUCACCCAAAUCCAAUUCUAAUAUUAAGAAGUCGAAACAAUUUUGCACAUCUUUGGGUGGUGUAUUUUCUGUGUAUCCUGUUACACAGAGGGAUAAAAUAUAGCUACUCUUGAGUAGUCUUAUAGAAUAUUCUCAAAUAAUACCAGCAACAUAAAUAAACUGUGAGGUACUUACUUAUUUGGAGAUAUAACUAUGCAUCCCAUGUUUCUCAUUGGUUAAUGCACUUUAAUUGAUCAUUCGUCUGCAAUGUUUAGGACUGGACAGUAUCAUUUGCUUUUGAAUUCCUUUUUCAGAUUAUUUUAUUUUAUUUUUUGUGAUA